AUGGAAGUGUCCUACUCCUCCUCUAAUCUCCAGCUCCAGGACAACCCGUUCCUGUUUGACUGCAACUCCCUGCUGGACAAGUCUUAUGAACCUCUGGCCUACGAUCCAGCCUCGGACCCUGGUUACUUCAGCGCUGGCAGCAGCUUGUCUCCCACUUCUUCUGUGGACUCCUUCUGCUUCUCCCCCACCGCCUUCAAGGCCGCUGAGAACGCUUUGGACUGUUUCGUCUUCAAAAGCCCAGCGGCGCCUCUUCUUAGCUGCGAGACACAGCCUCUGCCCUGCUCCAGAUCCUCCACAACCACCUCCACCACAAAGAAAUCCAGAUCCAGGUAUCCGGGGAAGAAGCGCCAGACCGCCAGCGAGAGAGAGAAGCUGAGGAUGAGGGAUCUGACCAAGGCCCUGAAUCACCUCAGGACAUACCUGCCGCCCUCAGUGGCACCGGCCGGACAGACCCUGACCAAGAUCGAGACUCUCCGCCUCACCAUCCGCUACAUCUCCUACCUUUCAGCUCAGCUGGGCCUCAGCGAGGAGGUGCUGGAGCAGAGAUCGUCUGCAUUUGUGGAGCAGCAGCAAAACCUCAGCCAGUUCCUGGAUCAGCCAACAGCCAGCUACAGCACGCAAGAACCAGAAUGUACCAGCAUGAGCACAGCCCAGCUGUCCCCUCUGCAGCCCUCGUAUCAGAUUUCAAGUGGAGUUUGCUUCACCAGCGAGCAGUUCUGGAUGCCACAGCAGCAACUUGAAAAUGUUGCUUUCUCUGGACACUGCUGA